CCGUCUUCCAUUUCGAGCGUGAUUACCGAGCUAUAGCAAGCAUGUCCAGCAGCAAUAUUUCGUUGAGACAGACGAUCGCCCUUACCGCGGUCGGGACGGCUCUAGUCACGACAGGGGCCAUUAUCGGAGGGCAAGCGAUACGACGUUAUGCUAGGACGGAAAAGCUCAAGGAGAGCGUCUAUGAGGAUUUCAAGGAAUCGGACGAACCGUGGACUUCUGGCCCAGGAAAUGGCGAUGUCGAUCUGUCUCUGACCGACAACGGCCCUGUGCGGACGGAUCCUAGUCAGAGGGAAUGGGAAAAGGGGCAGUUCGACGAGGAUCUGAUUCGGGAACAGCUCUCUCGGAAUUAUAGCUUUCUAGGGGAAGAGGGCAUGGCUAAAUUGCGAAACUCUUACGUUGUCAUAGUGGGUUGUGGCGGUGUUGGAUCGUGGUGCGCUCUGAUGCUCUUGAGAAGUGGUGUUGAGCGUCUGCUCUUGAUCGACUUCGAUAUGACAACCCUCUCGUCCCUCAACCGGCACGCUGCAGCAACCAUGGAAGAUGUAGGCACUCCAAAGGUCGAAGCGACUCGGAAAUACCUGAAAAAGAUCGCUCCUUGGGCGAGGAUCGAUACGAAAGUCGGCUUGUGGAAAAAGGGAGAAGCAUCGGAGAGCUGGCUCGAAGGCGCAGAUUGGGUCGUAGAUGCGAUAGACAACGUGCCUACCAAAGUUGACCUGUUGGCCCACUGCCACAAGAAGAACAUCAAGGUCUUCGCCAGUAUGGGAGCAGGCGCAAAGAGCGACCCCACGCGAAUCCAAAUCGCAGACAUUUCCAACACGUACGAAGAUCCGCUUGCCAAACAGAUCAGGGUGCGGUUACGAAAAUUGGGCGUUACACACGGUAUCCCUGUCGUCUAUUCGUUCGAGGUUCCGGGCGAAAUCAAGCUAUUGCCAUUACCAGACGAGGAGUUUGAAAAGGGCAAGACUACGGAGUUGUCACCCUUUGACGAUUUCCGGGUGCGGAUUCUGCCUGUACUAGGACCCUUGCCCUCGAUAUUCGGUCUACAUGCGGCCACGUUUAUCAUGAUGGACCUGGCUGGCAAGCCGCUUGAACAGGCUCUACCGGUCAAACAUCGUUGGAAGCUGUACGACCGGCUGGAGCGAGGUUUGGCUGCUAAGGAGACCAAGCUCACUUCUGAUCCCACAAUGUCCAAGCGUUGUCCACUCAACCCGGACGACAUUGCGUAUAUCUUCGAGGACCUGAACCUUGGUCGGUCAAGUCUGCCUCCCCAUCACGUUCAGACCAAGCCUGCCCUCGUGAGGUGGUACAAGGAUCAGCCCGUUUCGAGCUGGAACUGCGCCGUCAUGUCAUACGAAGAGGCCGACAAGCAUUUGGAACAAGUGUUGAUGGGCUCGAGCACAGGAGAGGAACUGUGGGGCAAAGAAGCCGAGCGCGCCAUGCAGAAGAGGGCACAGGAAGCCAAACGCGUUUUCGAAUGGCGCUUGUCGUGAAGAUAAGAGCGCAUCUAUCGACGA